AUGGUGCAGCUUCGACAGUAUGCUAGCACGCAGUGGCCGGAUAGCAAAGCUGAUGUCAGUGGCGAACUACGUUGCUACUGGAACUUCCGUGACGAGAUACACGCGCAAGACGGUCUCGUGUUCCGGAGCAACCGCCUCAUCAUUCCUGUCAAGAUGCGCAGAGAAGUACUCGCCUGCCUUCAUGCCGCACAUGGAGGAGCAGACAAGAUGAAGGCACGUGCCCGAACUGUGCUCUUUUGGCCUUCUAUAAACAGCGAUAUAGAAGAAGUUGCUCGACGCUGCGAGACCUGCCAGAAACACAAGCCACGAAAUCAACGCUUGCCAAUGGUGAAUCAUGAAAUUCCAAGACUACCUUGGGAAGUUGUAGGAGCCGACAUUUGCUAUCACAAUGGCAUAGAGUACUUGGUGGUUGUUGACUUUUAUUCUUUCUUUUUCGAACUAAGGCCCGUACAGACAACAGCCGACAAAGUGAUUGCUGCUUGCGCCGACAUAUUCGCCACACACGGCUUCCCGCAGCGCAUAUGCACCGACAAUGGGCCGCCAUUCAGCAGCCAGAACUUCCGUGAUUUUGUCGGUAAGAUUGGCUUGCAACACGUCCGUUCCAGUCCUUAUUACCCUCGAUCAAACGGAAUGGCUGAACGUGCGGUUCAAGAAGCCAAAAAACUACUGAAGAGGUAUCGGUAUGGUACAGUGGAUUUUUGUGCUGCAUUGCUUGAGUGGAGAAAUACGCCUCGCGAUUCCUAUUUAGGGUCUCCGAUGCAGAGACUUAUGGGCCGACAGGCGAGGACGCUGCUACCAGUCACAGAAAGCCACCUGCGACCGAAAACCAUACCCCCUCAAGACGUGCAACGGAGGCUCCACGACAUCAGGACUAAACAACGUUCCUUCUACAACCGAGGCACAAGGUCUCUACCAGAUCUUCCUAAUGGCUCCCGCGUCACAGUGUACAGCGUGCCAUCAAAAACCUGGUCCCCUGCUACAGUUGUCAAGCCUGCCAACAGCCCGAGAGCCUACAUUAUCGAGACCGAAGAAGGGCUCCAGUUGCAGCGCACCAGGGAACACCUCCGUCUGGCACCCACUCCUGCGGCAGACUCAUUGGCGCCCACACAUGAACAUCGACUCACAGUGGGAACCACAGAGCCACAACUGCGUAGAAGCGAACGCAACCGCCGACCACCACGAAGAUACCCGAUGCCAGAACUUCCGUGA